AUGUUCUUAUGUGUUCUUGUAAUGAAAUAUGAGCAUCUUUCUGAGGUUCGUGGAAGCAAUUCUACCAUUUCUCAUGGGGAUGAUUCUGGGUCUGUUAAGUCAUUCAAUUUUCUUGGAUCGCAAGUUGGUUCCACAGAAUGGAUGGAUGGGACAGCAUUGUCAACAGAUGGUGAAAAGUGGAAUGCUGGAGGAUUAUCUACAGAAAGGUCUUCUUGGUCUGCUUUCCCAUCAAGCUUACCGGAAUCAGGUCCUGUUGUUCCAUCCAAUCCUGUGGACAAUGAUGCUGGAGAAGGGACAGAAGGUUCUGCUUGGGAGAUUAAAGCAAUUCCAAAUCAGAAUUCAUUGUGGGGUGCUGCCGCAACUGAUGAGAAAAUGGUUGCUAAAACUGGAUCAGUUGGUAACUGGGGAACAAGUAGAGAUGAUAUGGGUGGAAGCAAUGAUGCUUGGAACAAAACUGGAGCUUCGUCAGAGAAUGAGACCGUAUGGGGUAAUGCAGGUGGAAAGUUAGGUCAACCAGUAGGAAGUGCCUGGAAGAAAGAUACGAGAGCGAACACCUGGAAGGAUGCUGCUGGUUCAAGUGAAGGCACUAAGGAAAAUCAAGAGCAAUCUUGGAGCAAGGCUAGUUCAGGUGGUCAGACUGAUUCCUGGAGUAAACCAAAACCUGUUGGUGCUGCUGGUGGAACUUCGUGGCAUAACCAGGAUAGUAAAUCUUGGGAUAAACAGGAUACUUCUUCGUGGAGUAAGCAAGAUGGGGGAUUCUCAUUGAACAAGCAGGAUGGAGGAUCUAAUGGGAAUAAGCUGGAUGAUGGAUAUUCUUACGACAAAAAGGAUGGCGAUUCUUCUUGGGGCAACCAAGGUGGUGAUGCUUGGAGUGAGCAGGACGGUGGGUAUUCUUGGAAUAAAAAGGGCGGUGAGUCCUCCUGGAGUAAACAAGCUGGAGAGUCUAGUUGGGGUCAGAAACCUGAUCGUAAUGUGGAAGAUCAUUCAAGAGGUAGGUCAGAUCAGGACAGUUGGGAGAACUCCAAAGGAGGAUUUGGUGGUUGGAAGAAUGGUGGGGUUGGAAAUAGAGAUGCAGAUCAAGAUGGCAGUUGGGGAAGGGAUAAAUCUUUUGACGGUGGUCGUGGUUCGGGUGGAAGAAGAGGAAGAGGAGGGGAUCAAGGAGGCAGAGGUCAAUAUGGUAGAGGGAGAUCUUUUGAUCAGGGUCAAUCGAGUAGUUGGAACAAGGAAGGUGAACACAGACAAGGUUCAAGUAAUGAUUUUUUCGCAGGGAAUCAUUCUAGUUGGAGCAGCGGUCAGGCAGGCAGUUGGGACAAAGAUAUAUCAGCUGAUGGAAGUAAGAACGAUGAUUGGGAUAAACAAAUUGUUUCUGGCGAGGACAAAGAAUUGGGAUGGAAGAAAGAAUGGCAAGUUAAGAAAGAGACUAGUGUAAGUGGUGAUAAAUUGGAUAGUGCAAAACCUGAUUGGAACAACAAAUCCGUUGGCUGGUGCAGCUCAAAAGUUUCCAAUGAUGGCCAGUCGUCAGGUUGGAAUGGAACAUCAACUGCAAAUGAAGAUGCUCGUAAUGAUCAAGGUAGUUGGGCAAAAGGAAAAGCACUGGAUAACAAAAAGUCUUCCUGGAACACUGGAAACACCUUGAUUGAGAACCAGGCUUCUGAUUGGGGUGAAAAUAGUAAUGAUGCCCAGUCGUCAGGUUGGAGUAAAACAUCAAGUGCAAAUGUAGAUGCUGGUAAUGAACGAGACUCUCAGAAACCUUCUGAUAACAAUACCUCUGGUUCAUCAACUGGAUGGGGUCAAAGUAAUUGGUCUAGAUGUGGAACAGAUGAUACUGGUGGGAAUCAGGAUAGUGCAUGGAGCAGCAAAAGUAACUGGAAUUCAGGAAAUGGUUUUGGAGGGAAUGAUGGUCAAAAUGAUACUGGCACUGGCAGGGGAAGAACUGGAAGUCGGAGGGGAGGCCGGGAGGGGAGAGGUGACCGUGGGGGCUUCCGGGGUAGAGGGAGAUCAGAUCGUGGUGGCUAUGGAGGUAGAGGAAUGGGCAGGGGAGGCAUUGGAGGGAGAGAUGGACCUGACAGGGAAGGAGGAUUUUGUGGUUGGGGAGGUGGUUAUAGAGGCGGAGGGCCUAACGAUUGGAAUAACAGAAAUGAUUCUGGCGAUGACAGGUCGUACGGCUGGAAAAAAAGUUCAAACAGUAAUAGUGAAGGAUGGAAAAGUAGCAGCAGUGGAGGCAGUUCGUUUCGGGGAGGUAGUUGGAGCUCAGGUUGGAAUCAAUCUAAAGGGGAUGCCGAUGGUGCAGGUAACACUCAAGCUGGUGGAGGAUGGAACACGUCAGUGGACGCUAAAAUAGAUUAUGUUCAAAGCAGUGCUGGAGGCAGUGACUGGAAAACAUCAAAUGCUUCCACUGGGGAUGUAUCUACCGGGUGGGGCCCAUCAUCUGGUAAUAGGGAUACAGCUGGUUGGAAUAACCAGUCCAAUUGGAACAAGGAAACUGCUUCGGGAAACCAGAACACGUCUGGGAAAUGGAAAUCUGAUGCUACAGAUGGGGGCCCAUACAAAGCAUCUAACAAUGUUGAAGGACCUGUCAGUUCAUGGGGUAAAGCUACAGGAAGCUCCUGGGGAACUGCUGCUGGAGGUGAAAACUCAUUUGCGAAUCAGGAUAAAUCAGAAGCCACUGAUGGCUGGAAAACUAAAUAA